AUGGCCGCACCGACCCGGGCAGCGACAAAGGCCCUCCGACGCCUGGUGCCUCGCCCGUCGCUGCAGGCCACCACCAUCCCUGUAGCCGGAGCUGCGACGCUGCCAUUCGCCGCGCAGGCCCAGCAGCCGCGAUGGCACUCGGCCUCAGCCUCUGCCACCUCGUCCGUCAACCCCAACGAGGUCUCGCACUUCAAUGCCCUGGCCGCCGAGUGGUGGGAUCCCCACGGGUCCUCGCGCCUGCUGCACCUCAUGAACCCCCUGCGCCACGACUUCAUCCGCCGCUGUCUCCAGGCCUCCGACUCGGCGCCUCGGCUUGACGACCGCAGGGCCGACGACACCGUCACGUACCUCGACAUUGGAUGCGGCGGCGGCAUCUUCGCCGAGAGCGCGGCCCGGCUGCCCUCGACGAAGCACGUCACGGCCAUUGACCCCACGCCGUCUGUCCUGAGCGUUGCAAAGGCACAUGCGCGAAAGGACCCGCUACUGGCGAGGAAGCUCUCCUACAAGCAGUCGUCCAUCGAGCAGCUCGAAAUCCCGGCAGAAGGGCAAGGCUACGACAUUGUCUCGCUCUUCGAAGUCAUCGAGCACAUUGACGACCCCGGCGCGUUCCUCGACAAGGUGCGGCCGUUUGUCAAGCCGGGCGGGUGGCUCGUCAUGAGCACGAUUGCGCGGACGUGGAUGAGCUGGCUGACGACGAAUUUGAUUGCCGAGGACAUCCUGCGCAUCGUGCCGCCGGGGACGCACGAUUGGAAUAAAUAUCUCAAUGAGGAGGAGCUGAGGGGAUUCCUGGCUGGCAAGGGCUGGGACAGCGCAAACGUCAUGGGCGUGGUGUAUGUGCCUGGGCUGGGGUGGAAGGAGGUCAAGGGCAGUGAAAAGGUGGGCAACUAUUUCUUUGCUGUGCGCAAGGUAUAG